CCUAGCAAUGAUUAGCACUGACAUACGCCUUUUAGAGUGAAUACAAAGGAUAAUACAGGUCGCAAGUGACAAAAGAUGUUCCCAGGAAGGCUGGUCUUUAUCGCGGACAAUCCAGUAUCGCCUCAGAAGCCUUUCUAUGGCAUCACAAAGACUGGUGUCAGCAAUGGAAAGUAAACCUGUCUCAUUGAUUUUUCAUCAAGGACAAGGUGCUAAAUAUUCUCUCCCCACAUGCAGCCAUUUAUAUCUGCAUAUAAAAUAUCCCAAACUGCCAAAUAAUAAUCAGAAAUCACACCUUUCCAGAAAGACAAAACAUAAGACCAUGAACCACCUUAUUAUCGUCCUUCCCAUCCUAGGGACACUCGGUCUCCUCUAUGGUCUCCAGCACAGAAAACCAUAUUCUUCUCGACAAAAGAUACCCGAAAAGCACUGGCCACGCAACGAUGGUACCAUUUUGCAACGUUAUGGUUCCUCGCGAUCUGAGACGUCGUGUUCUGGACAGAGGGCGUCGAGUACGAAAUGGAAGAUUGAAAAGAGGGGUCGUGUACGAGAGUUAUGGAUGAAGAAGAAGAGCGAGGUAGAGAUCCUGGAGGUGAUUGAAGAAGAAGGGUGAAGUGGGUUCUUCUUUCAUUAAGUUGCUGUGAGAACGAAUGCCGGGAAGGGUUUUUGGUACGGGGUUGAGUAGCAUAGAUAGAUCAUUCACUCA